AUAUAAGGUGUAAGUUGAGCAGGCCCGUCAGUUAGUACGGUCGUUUUCGUCAAUAAAGUGGCCCAAAAAGAAGCAAAAUGUGUGCCGAAGCAAUAGCUCGUAUUCUGAUGUUCACGGCGAAUUUCGCCUUCCUAAUGGUCGGCUUGGGUCUGUUGUCCGUUGGAAUCUUCUACACCAUCAACUACACGCAGUUCACCGAAGCGAUUCCCUCAGACUACCAAUCGCUCCAGUACAUCCCGACUGUGGCCAUCGUGAUCGGCGCCAUCAUAUUCAUCAUCGCUUUCCUAGGAUGCUGUGGAACAGUGAAGAACAGCAUCUGCAUGCUGUCGACCUACGCCGGCAUUCUCUUCCUCAUCUUCCUGGUCCAAGUGGGGUUGGGCGUGUUUGCGCUCAUUCAAAUCAAGGACAACGACCAAUUGCAAUCGCAGAUUGAUAAACAAGUGGUCACUCUGUUCUCUAGGUACAACGAACCAGGCGUGAGCGAAAUUGUGGAUCUGAUCCAGCAGAAGCUGAGCUGCUGUGGCUCUUCUACGGCGCUCUCGUACACUGUAAGCGGACGUGCCAUCCCAAACAGUUGUUAUUCAGACCCCUCAAAUAUUCUGACCCUGUUCACGACCGGAUGCAACACGGCCCUGUACAAUUACAUCGUAAGUUCAGUAAGGAUAAUUGCGAUAGUGGCGCUGAGCAUUUCAGCGGUGGAAGUCAUAGGAGCUGUGCUGGCCUUGUGCUUGUCCAACAUCAUCAGGUCGGUCCGCAGAAGAAACGAAUACUAGCCCAAGAUUAACCUGUCCUGUAUUUUGUUAAGGCUUGCCUUAAAGUGUUGUAUUAUUUAUUUAUGAGGUUUUACACGAUCAAUGUUCAGUCACACAAAUUUGCAUGUUUAUGAUCUGUCGGUUUGAGCCGUUUAUCUGAUAAGAAAACAUUUACACCUGCAUUAGUCGCUAUUUAUAUCACCUCUGUUCCUGGAAUUGUUUCCAUUGGAGUUAUUUCAAGUACUCAGAAAUUUACACAUCAAGUGAAUUUCCUUCAUCAAGUGAGUUUGUGUUAUUUCCAGUGAUAUUUGUAAUAAAACACUUAUUCAAUGA